AUGGUUGAGGUUGACGUGCACAGCCGCCCGGGCCCGCGCCGCGCUCAGCAACAGCCCCAGCAACAGCUGCAGCAUCUGCAGGGGACGGUACCAGUGCCAGGCUCAGCUCCAGGCUGCCUUCAUCCACCACCACCAUCAUCAUCAUCAUCACCACCAUCAUCACCAUCAUUGUCAUCAUUUGCUCCCCUUACUGUGGGGCUCCGGCCUGUCCCCUCCAUGUCACCAUCAUCAUUGUCACCACCAUCAUCGUCACUAUCAUCAUCAUCGCCGCCACCAUCGACACCACCACCAUCAUCACCAUCAUCGUCACCAUCAUUAUCGUCACCACCAUCAUCACCAUCGUCACCACCAUCAUCAUCACCAUCGUCGUCACCAUCAUCAUCCUCUGUCCCCCCCU